UGUAAAUCAAACAGCGAUAUUUUAUUUCAUUUUCACAUCUCCAUGCAAUCUGACGAGUUACUGAACAGUGAUACUGUAUUUUGUGGUGAACUUGAGUGUUGGGUUUCGUUGACGAUUGAACUGAUACUGGAUUGAUAUCGUUGGGUGCAGCAUUGAGAUAACUGUAUCAUCAUCUUUGUUUCUGAUUUGGGGAGAGAGCAGGAUUUUAGGAGAAUGAAUCCUGUGGAGGGCUCUAAGGGAAAAUACAAUCGCAAGGUGACAGGUUCGACUCUGAAAUUCGAGUCGAAUGAUCGUCCGGUGGAGUCUUCUGUGCGCAGGAAACCUCGAAUGCGACAGGAAAUGCUGAACUACAACCGAAUGGAAAAACAUUAUUCCACCACAAUGGCCGAUCAAAUUCCUGCGUACACACCGGCUGAUGAUUAUAAGCCCCGUAAACAGGCUUUAAUGGGAAAAUCAGCGAGUAUGUAUUCACAAGCAAUGAGCAAUGACGAUUUGUACAGGUUGAUUCACAAUUCGAGUGGCACUCGUCCGGAAACAUCGGUCGAUAAUUUGGUAGCCAGAAAGGAUACCAGACGACACAGGAUGACACAGGGGCCAUUGAGUCUCAUUGCUGACGAGGAUGAAGAGGAGGAGGUCUCUGACUCUGAAUACAUUUACGAGUCGAAGGGAAAACCCUUCGAGGAUGAUGAAGCAGACGACGAGAUUGACUACGAGUCCGAUCAGUAUGGAGCUGAUGGCCCGGACCAAGUGAAGGAGUACAGAAGAUUCCCGCCGAAGUCCACGGAAGCUGACGACCUGAAGCAACAGUACCUGGAGUGGUUGAAGCGAAGGAAUCCCCGGCCCUCACGAGAAAUUGACGAACCUCGAACUCUCAAGUACGAACGGUCAAACCGGGGAAAAUCGAGGUGCAAGCCUAUGGAGGAGCCUCCUGAGCAACGGAAACAUCCGGAGAUUUACAAGUGCAGCGAGUGCCGUAAGAAGCUUGAGACCUCGAUGAAGACUGCGUCGAGGGGACGUGCCACGUAUGAUUACCCGGAAUUCGCGAGGGACUUUCAAGACAAACCGCCGAAGUUUCAAGACCCCAAUGACGACAUGCGGCCUUGUCCGAAGCCAAGGAAAUCCGCAAACAUCUCGAGGCAUCGAGAAUCAAGGAAGAUGAUCAGCCAUUCGCCCUCGAAAAUCAACUACUAUGACGAAUAAAUCGAUGAUAUCAGAGAGUAAAACUGCCAAGCAUUCAGCAAAAAAACUCAAAAAUAUUUUCGUUUCGUAAUGGAAUCAACAGCGAAGGGGCAACUCGUUCUUCCAAUCCUGGAAUCCAACUUGUCACUCUCUUCUCUUCUGAAAUAUUUUUGUAAAUGUGAUUCUGUUUCCUCACGAAAAUUGUCAGCGACCCUGUAAAUAUUCCAGAUGAAAAAAUUCUAGCUCCCCAGAAGAAACAAUUUAAAUAAUCCCUUGUACCAAAAUCGUUAACACCUAAAGUAGACACUCGUACGAAAUCCUGUGUGAAUAGUCCUCGACCAUAUUCGUAUGUAUAAAAUAAAGAA